AUGGAGCCAUUGGGUGGUAUGCCAGCUGAAUGGUUGACGACUGCAGAAUUAGCUGGUAUUUGGUCUGGCUGGUUAUCCAUGAGAGAUCGUGAAGUCGUUCGAGAGUCAUCAGCUAAAGGAACGCACAUUCAAUUGGCACAUAAAUUUUUACGUCACCGAAAAAAUGUCAAUCUUGAAGAUGCCCAGCUAUUUUUCAAUAAUGAAGUUGACAUUUGGAUUGACGAAUUACUCAACAAGCAGCAAAUACAUCGAGCUUCACAUAUUUUACGAAAUGUUGGUCGAGAUCCUAUUGCGUAUAUUCGUAAAAUUUGUAUCAAGUUACCAGAUAGUAAAAUACGUGAUUAUUUGGUCAAUCAUGUUGUUAACAGUAAUGGUUUUUCUAGUGAUGAUAUCCUGGCAUGGGACAUCAUUCAAUGUCUGAAGAAAUAUAAAGACAAGUGUAAAUUUACAGAUAAAAUAUUUUAUAAUAAAUUAAUACCUAAUAUUUGUAUUCAAGAUAUAUUGAAUCUUGAUGAUCAUUUAAAGGACUCUCUUAUUACUGAAUUGUAUUUUAUAACGCGUGAAAGUAGCUUGUCGAGCAAACUAAAGACUGAAAUUGUAUGGGAUUACUUGUUAUUGAAUAACAAAAUUGAUUUUUUGAUCAACUGGAUUGAUGUUUAUUACAUUAAACGGGAAAAUAUUAAUAGUCAUAGUGAGAAUAUUGAUUCGGAAAUAUUUUCAAAACUUAACAUUACGUCGGAUAUGAUUGAAAGUAUUGAUACGUCGGAUGUUACUGUUCCCGGAAAAUUAUUACUACUCAACCAUUUAGCCAGGUAUGGAGUAUUUUUAAAGAAAGAACAAGAAGAUAUUAAAUUAACAUUGUCUCGCUUAUUCAGUGCAUCAAUAAUACCAUCAGAAUUUAAUAAAAUAUUAUCUAAAGAGCACUGUUGCGUUAAUGUUAAUGCAUUUUAUCAAAAUAUUUUUUCGAUUGUAUACCACCAGAAGAUAGUGAAUGAGGAUUUUGAUUAUGAUGUGCAUUUGCAAGAAAAAAAACUGCUCUAUUUAUUACGUGAUAUAAGUAAAUCAAGUAAUAUUGAUCAAAAAGAUAUUAUAAAUGCUAUUUUUCAAACAAUUAACAAUGUAACUAAUGAUUUGUCCGGAUAUCUCCAAUCAAAUCCUUAUCUCGUAUUAACGUUAAUAAUUAUUAAAUACCAAAAUGAUUGUUAUUUAAUGCAACAACAGGAUGGCAAUAAUAAAUUAAUGAAUUUUAAAGACUACAUUCAUGGUUAUGAUAUGGUAAUUGAAGAUCUGACAAUUAAGAAAGAAGUAAUUGAUGAGAUCUUGAAAUGUUUGCCUUAUUUGAAAGAUAUUCUGGGUGAAAAUUUAUUAGAAAGAAAUGACAUUUCAAUGUACCAACUCAUUAAUGGAUUUAACAAUUUAAAUGUUCAAGAACUUUUUAAAUGGCGAAAUAAAAAUGAACCGUUACCGUCAUUUACUAGUGAACAUUUGAUUAAAAAAUAUGGACAUAAAGAAAAAUUAACUUAUAAGUAUUAUCUAAAAGAAUUGAGACCAAGUAUGGCUGCUUAUAUUUUACAAAAACAGCGGAGUAAAAUAUCUAACAGUAUUUCAUCUAAAAUAAAAUCUGAAAGUGCAGUUCAUGCUCAUAUUUAUGGACUUAAAAAUAUAAAUGAUAAUAAAAUUAUAAGUACCUGUAUUACUUUUAUAGAAUAUCUCGGUAUUGAUUCAGAAUGUCUGAGAUUUCAUGCGACAGCAGCUAAUUAUAUUAAAACUAAAUUGGACUUACCAAUAAAUGACCUCCUCGAGUCUAUAACUUAUCAUAAUUCACCCAAAGAUUUGGCUAUAAUCACAAAUUAUCUCGAGGAUAGCUUCAAAAACGAAUGUAUCACAUCGAUGAGUAAUGUCAGUGAAUUUAUAUCAGCUCUAAAGUCAUGGGAUUUCAUAGUCCAAUUUUCAUGUAUCCACAACACUAAAUUUCCAUCUUUAUUUUUGAAAUAUUUGGCUAAAAAUAAUUAUUGGUUUGAGUUUGUCCUCGUUGGACAUAUUUUCGGUUAUCCAUUGGAACAGAUAUUCGAUAAAGCUGAAUUGUUUAAAAAUAAAAAUAUACGAGAACAUUUAUUGAUUUCAUUAAAUAAUUCACAUUUGCUUGCUGAAACUUAUUCUCGGGUAAAUUUACCAUUAAUUAAAUUACCAGACACAAGACAAUUAAAUUCAUCAAGAAUGAGUCGUAAAAAUGGCCAAUCAAGCCCUAUAGUGAAAACAAACCCAAAUGACACUGAAGAAUUACCAAAUGUCUUUAAAUACUUUCCGUUGAACCAAAUAAACUCAUCGUAUAAUAAAGAUUUAUGGUUGACAAUACUAAAAUGUCAUCAGAGUCAAGAUCCACCUGGAGCAUUAUUGAAAUCAUCACGUGAUUGUAAAUCAUCGAUACCAAUAGUCUUAGCAGCCUGUUACGAGCCAUCAGCAACGGCAGCUUAUUGCUAUUCCUGGCUGGUAAUUUCCGUGAAUGAUGAAGACUUAAUAAUUGAUUACACAAACUGUUUGAACGAUCAAAUAUGGUCUGCCAAAAAAGUGUCCGAUCUUUUUCGUAGAAUAAUAUCUCUUGGUUACAUGGAUACUUUAAGUCGCGGGUUUCAAAUAUUCAUGCCUGAUAAUCCGCUCUCAAUAUUCUUUGAUUUUUUGGUAAAAUGUAUAAAGCACGCAGAUUUUAAAUCAUCAGUUGAUACUUUGAAUAAUUUUUUAAGUACCUGCUCAACGUUUAAAAGUAACAAAAUGAUUGAUUGGACAGAUCCUGACACUUCGUAUUUAAAUAAUGAAUAUUGGAUUGCAACUGUCGCUACUGAAUGUAUUCUUUCAGCUUUGGGACGUUGCUCACAAAGCAUACAAAUACAAACAAAAGUACUGCGAAUUCUUGUUGAAAAUAAUUUCAAUUCUUCAUUGAAUAUCGAUGGGAUUGAAUUUAAAAUGCUCUGGGAAAUAGUUAUCAGUCUUGAGACGACUGAUGUUAAAAUUGAUUUCACUGCUAUUAAAUUGAUAGACAAUUGUUCCAAUAUAACACAAGAAUUUAAACGGUGCAUUCAAUUAUUGAUUGACAACAAAGAUUUUACAACCGCAUUGGUAUUAUCUAAAAUAUCCAACUUACCCUGUUCGAAAAUAAUAAUCGAUCAAUAUCGUUGUGCAUUUAAAGCUCAUUUAAAUCAAGUAUUAAAGUUUUGUAGUAAAUCAAUAAUUAGUGGAGAAAAAUGGGAUUUAAAUUUUUGGAAAAAGUGCGCUCUAGAUAUUAAAAAAUAUAAUGUUAAUUUCGAAGAUGCAGCUGGAUUUUUUAUCGAACAUGCUGAGAAAGUUAAUUCACAUAAAGAGCGUUAUGAAAUUUUACAACUCGCUCACAGUACUUUAAAACCUAUUUCAACUGAUCAGCAAACGAUAGACACUAUUGAAAUGGCCAUGUGGAAAUCCUGCAUACUGGCUGGCCCAGAAGCGAUUGAAAUUAAUAAUGAGAGACGAUUGUUCAAUAAAUUAAAAACAGAAUUAUUGUCCGGUGUUAGUAAUUUGCGAGUUAGUUGUAAAUUAAAUAAUAGUGCUGAAGAAAAAGCAAUCGAUGAGUUGAUUAACAAAUUUAUCGACAUUGAAGAUCUUGAAACAGCAUUGCGUAUAAGUGCUAUUUUUAAUUACAAACACAAUGACCUUAAAAUACUUAUGCUUUGUUUGAGUAUCGCUGAGGGUGAAAUAUCACCCUAUGAAUUAAAUUCGCAGCAUAAAGUUCUUUUAAAAGAAUUAUCGCCAAUAAAACUGCAAAAAUACUCACUAUUACGUCCUCGAGGGCUUAAAAGACAACCAGAAGGAUCAACUAAUCUGUUAGCGUCUUACGACCAGUGUGACGAUGAUGUCACAGAUAUACCAACGUCGCAAAUUACUACAGACUGUAUUGAGUUGUUGGAAAAAUUAGUUAAAAAUCUCCUACAUGGUACUAAUGUGGGUAACAAAAUUCUUUUAUUGUACAAAUUAUCUGUUAGUUUGAAAAGAAAUUAUCAAAAUCUAUUAGUGUCCAAAGAUCCAAUAGAAAUACUUUACGAUAUUACUGGGAUUAAUUGCCCCAAUAAAUUUGAUCUCAUUAAAGAUGUAAUUACUAUCUACAGAAUAAAAGAUUUUGAAGUUGCUAAAUUUUUAGCUGGAGAAAUAAUUUUACAUAUAACACGACAAAUUGAAGAUGGUUACGAAUUAUCAGCAUCAAUGUGGGGAUAUCCAUUGGAAGUACAUGCACAUUUAAUAACUGAUUUAUGUAGCGAUCCUUCAACACUGGGAUGGGAGUUAAUUAAAAGUGUUAAUAUAAGACUGGGACAUUCUCAUGGAGGCAAACGUGAUAUCGUAACAAUUAAAAUAAUAAUUGAAUUACUUAUACGUGCUCAUAAUUAUUUUACCGCCGCUUGUCAUAUGGAGGGAAUCGCAUACGUUCUGAGAAAAUGUCAGAAUAUAGCAAAUACGUUGCAGCAUCUUAAACUCUGGAGCCUGUUAGUCCGAUUACUAACAGGGAUAGGACGUUUCACAGAAAUGAAUUAUAUAUUUCAGAUACUGAAAGAAAAUGAUCAGUUUGAAUUUUUACUCGGCAAAGGACUUGAUAAAAUUGUAGGUUUAAAAAUUGCAACCAUGGAAUUUUGUAAAAAACAGUGCCCUGAUAAUAAAGAGUUGUUUAAUUUAGUUGCUAAUCAUUUUCAACUUUAUACAGAAGUCGCAAUUGUCUGGGAAAAUAAAGCCAAGGCAGUGAUACGUGAAUUAUUACAAGAUAUCAGGAAAGAAAAUAUAAGAUUGAUGAAUAAUUUACAGACGACUAUUAAAUUAACACGUAAUGAUAAAACUGAAAAAAAAUUACAAUCUGCAAUAACGUACUAUACAGAUGCCACAGAACAUUAUUUACAAGAUAGUAAAUUGAACACUGCUAAUAAAUGUUCCCACCAAGCUCAAUUAGUUGCUCUGCAAUUGUCUUUAUUGAAUGGAGUGGGUGUUAAUCACCAAGUUAAUUGUUUAUUGAAUUUAAGCAACGAAGAAAUAAAUAAAGCACUUUGUCAAACUUUAACUUUCCCUCAAACAUUGAUUCUCGUUCAAGCUUACAAUCACAAUGCUGAUUGGCCGAGUAUUAUUUAUCAUCAUAUUAUUAUCAAUGGAGAAAUAAAAUUUCUGAAAGAUUUUCUGAUUUAUAAACGACUUACCAAUGGUAUUGUGCAAGACUGCGUUUGCAAGUAUCGUAUGGAAAAAAAUUUAACCAAACAAAUGACACAAAAUAUGCAAAGCUUAAUUGGUGAGUUGAAUGACGUUGAAUGUAAAUAUGUAAUGGCAAGUCAAUUGGGAUUCAAAAAUAUGAUUGAAGCAAUGCUUUCUAAUUUAACUAUCGGAUCAUAUUUAAAAGAUACUGUGUGGAAACAAGGAUUCAAUCCUCAAGAAUUUAUUGGAGAGAAUUUUCGAAGUUAA